AAGAGCACAUAAGUAUGUCUCUACCAUUUUAUUUAGAUUUCCCAAUGUACUAUUUUGUACUUUCCAAUUCCACCAUCUCCCCUACAUCUGCAAUUUAGGGUUUUCACAAAUUGAAAUGUGCAGGCCUAAUGGAAUACUCUGAAGCCUCCAAUUUCCUCACAAAUGCUGCCGAUACAAACCCUAAAUUAGGGUUUCAAUCCUCUUUCAAUGCUGAUUCAGAUUCUGAUCAGACUUUGGAACUAGGCAAAAAGCUAGAGCGGAAGCCUCUUUAUUUGACAGAGGCCGGGGUAGUGUUUGAGGAGGCUGCACCUGAUAUAGCAGUGGUGGAGAAAGUAUAUGAAAAACUGGAGAAGCAGCUUCAUUUGAAAGAGGAUGAGGAGGACAAACAUUCGAUUGAAAGGAACCAAGAUGACUACUUUAACAGUGUAGAGAGCAUUGAUGGAGAAGAACACAACAGUUAUGAUAAAGAGGAUAAUGAUAAUAAUGAUGAGAAGUUAGAUGAUGAAGCUGAGGAGAAGAAUGAGAGUAUUAAUGGUAACAGAAGGCAUCAGUAUCCAGUAAGACCUGAAGCUGAAGAUUGUGCCUUCUAUAUGAAAACUGGUACUUGCAAAUUUGGAUCCAAUUGCAAGUUCAAUCACCCUGUAAGAAGGAAAAGCCAGGCUACCAAGGAGAAGGUGAAGGAAAGGGAGGAAGCAGCAGAGAGAUCUGACCAGACAGAAUGCAAGUAUUACUUGAGGACAGGGGGUUGUAAGUAUGGAAAAGCUUGUAGAUAUAAUCACUCAAGAGCAAAAACUCCAGUGCUCCCUGCAAAAACAACAGUAUUCCCUGUUUUAGAACUUAACUUUCUGGGUCUGCCAAUCCGACUGGGAGAGAGAGAGUGCCCGUAUUAUAUGCGUAAUGGUUCCUGCAAGUAUGGAGUGAACUGCCGGUUUAAUCAUCCAGAUCCUACAGCUGCUGGAGGAAGUGACCCUCCUUCAGCAUUCAGUAAUGGUGGGGCUGCUGCUUUACAGAGUUCCUCACAAUCAAGUGUAGCAUCUUGGUCUUCACCAAGAGGACUAAAUGAGGCUGCCCCCUUUCCAAUUAUGUUUUCACCAACUCAAGGGGUUCCUUCACAAAAUCCUGAAUGGAAUGGAUAUCAGGGUCCUGCAUUUCCACCAGAGAGGAGGAGUAUACACCCAGGUUCAGCGUAUGUCAUAAGCAAUCCAGCUACAGAUACCAACGUCUAUGCGCAUCAGCAGCAGAUGACAUUCGAUGAAUAUCCAGAACGACCUGGACAACCAGAGUGCAGUUAUUAUUUGAAAACUGGAGGCUGUAAAUUCAAGUCUAAUUGCAAAUAUCAUCAUCCAAAGAAUCAGAUCCCGAAGUCACCUCCAUGUGCUCUUAGUGACAAGGGCCUGCCAUUGAGACCUGGUCAGCAUAUCUGUUCUUACUACAGCCGGUAUGGUAUUUGCAAGUUUGGGCCUGCUUGUAAAUUUGACCAUUCAAUACAACCAGCUUCAAUGACAGGGUCUGCUGAAGAUCAGGGUACCCCCUUCAGUGACUCUCUGGCUAAAGACGAGUCUAGGAUGUCUGAAACUGGAAAUCAAAGUGACACUGCUAUUCAGCAGCCUGAGUAAAAUUUUUGCAUCAAUGGACCUAGCUCUUCAGGGUCAACAACACAGAGGAUUUGUAAUUUAAUCCGUGAAUUUGGAUCUUUUAUUUGACCUUUACUCUGGUUCAUCUGCCACAAGCUUUUGAAACCGUGGCGUUAAAUAUUUAUAAUGGGUUGUGUUACUGCAGCCAAAAGUGUAAUCUGGAUAUGUAAAUUCUCUAUUUUAUGUUCUUUACCAGCCUUGUUUAUCUA